AUGGCCAACCUCGAGCUCGAAUCCGACAGCUACGACGUCGUUGUGAUCGGCACCGGCGUCUCUCACAGCAUCGCCGCGGCAGCCCUCGCCAAAGCUGGCAAGAAUGUCCUCCACCUAGACCCCAACGACUACUACGGGGGAGAUCAGGCCAGCUUGACUCUCGACGAGCUAUCAGAGUGGAUCAAGAGACAGCCCGAGGCUGGGCAAGCAGAGGGCGUUGUCGCGUACUCGAACGCAUCAGCGACCGCUUUGACACCUGCAUUGGAGGCUGACCGACGGCGAUAUUCCCUGUCUCUCUUCCCAGCCCUGAUACCAUCACGGGGGAGCCUGAUCGAAACUUUGAUAUCAUCCGACGUUGGCAAAUACGUCUCCUUCAAGCUCCUAGACUCGGUUUCCAUUUGGAACCAAGAGCAGGGUGCGCCGCAGAGGGUACCCGGAAGCAAGGAAGACGUAUUCAAGGACAGGAGUGUGACGCUCUUGGACAAGAGAAAGUUGAUGAAGUUUUUGCUGUUUGCGGCUGGCGAAUUUGAAGAAAGUGAAAUACUGAGAGGCAAGGAGGACCAACCCCUGUUGCAACUCUUGCAAGACUCAUUCGGCCUAUCACCACAACUUGCUGCCUCCAUCACUUAUGCCAUUGCCCACUGUGAAUCUCCGGACGACAAGUCACUUCCCUCUCUGAUACGUACUCGCCGUUAUCUCCGAUCCAUUGGUCGGUAUGGACCCUCGUCCUUCCUCGUCGGGCAGUAUGGCGGGGCCGGAGAAGUUGCUCAAAGUUAUUGUCGAGGCUGUGCAGUAUUUGGUGGGACAUAUGUCCUUGGAUCCCCUUCAAUACCGACGUCGUGUGUCGUCACAGAAACGAGCGCCACAAUCUCCAUCCCCUGCCAUCCUCGCCCAGUCACUGCCAACCAUAUAAUAGCCUCCACCGACUACCUACCACCUGCUGCUUUGACGAAAGACGAAACUUUGUCUUCGCAUGCCACUGUUUUUGCCCACUGCAUUGCCAUAACGUCUUCGCUCCCGGACGUCUUGCGCCGACCACGAGCCACCGAGAGCCAGGAAGUGGAUCAGGACGAGAACGACGAUACGUCUCUACUUGUAUUCCCGCCAGAGGGUGACAAUCCCCUGGUUAGAUGUCUGAUUAACGGCGAAGGCACUGGCAGUUGUCCUGCAGGCCAGUAUAUCAUAUACUUGUGUGCCUCUUCGGAUACUUCUUCGGAUCCCUCUGCCCUUUUGAGGCCGUGUCUUCAUCGCUUGAGCGAACGGCCGACCUUUGAGGCGUACUACACGUGCUCACGUAAGAGUGCCCAAGAGACAGCCUCAACACCGCAUGCCGUCGUCCUGAGACCCUACCCGGGCAAGGAGCUGUUAACGGAAGGUCUUGAUUGGGAAGCUCAAGAAGGGGAAAGGGCCUUUUAUGAAGUCAUGGGGAGAGAUGGCAAACCCUUUUUUGAGAGCGAAGAGGCAGAUGUUGGGGAUGGCCAAGAUGAGUAG